GACGCGCUUAUCGUCAAUUCGGUGUUGCAAACUUGCGUGCAGGUAAUCGGUACACCAAUUCAUCAAGUCGCAAAUUCAAAAUUCGCCGUGACACUGCGACAGUUUACCGAUAAACAAAAUACCAGCGACUAAACGUUCGCAAUCACUGUGAAAUAUCCUUCUAGGUAUUUUCGGCUGCAAAACUAUUUGCGUAAUCAGCGCAUUUUUUCCCGGUGCGGUUAACUAAAACAAUCAAACAUAUUUCGUGCUGAUAAAAAAGUGCAGUAGUAGUUGUCCAUCAAUCACGCAAAGUAGAUUAGUAAAAUGGAAAAUAUCACGGACUUUAGAGCCGACAGGAGCAUGUUUUAUCUUGACGAAGAUCCUAGAACCAAAAAUUGGUUCCUAAUCGAUUCACCAGGCACAGUAGCAACACUAAUAGCCGUCUAUGUCGCGUUUGUUACAAAAGUGGGUCCAGCAAUGAUGAAAGACCACAAAGAAUUUCAGCUGAAAAAAUUCAUGUUGUUUUACAACGCAUUCCAAAUCAUAUAUUGUGCUGCCCUCGUUAUAUUCUCGUUUGUGCCGUUCAUGCAAUUCCGGCCAAGCUGUGCGACGCUCUCCUUCGCCGACGAAGACAUCAUCAACGCGCAGCUCUCGUACGCGUUCUUCCUGUUAAAGAUCAUCGAUUUACUGGAUACGAUUAUUUUUGUACUACGAAAGAAAUCCAGGCAAAUUACCUUCCUCCAUGUAUUCCAUCAUGUUUACGUCGUCAUCCUUGGCUACGUGCAUACGAGAUAUUUGGCCGGUACGCAGGUGGCGCUACUGAACGUGCUCAAUGGCAGCGUGCACGUGGCGAUGUACUACUAUUACCUGGUUACCUCACUGACCAAUCAAGCGCCAUGGUGGAAGAAGUACAUUACGUCAAUGCAACUGUUGCAAUUGACUGCGUUAUCAUCCUGUAUGGUGCCGACUAUGUUUAAUCGCGCAUGCUCCUUCCCGAAACUCGCCGUGUUGGGAUUCAUGUUUCUGCCGAAUCUUGUUUUGAUCAGCGAGUUUGGGAGCUUUUAUAAACGGUCCUAUGUUGCACUCACUUCCGGGAAAACAAAAAAAGAUGAGUGAUUGUAUGUACCUGUUGUAAAAUAUGUUAUUUAUUUAGUUUAGAAGAAAUAAAUAAAUGGAGGUUUAGGUAGAUGUGGUUGGUGUGUCGUAAAGCAGUGUACUUGUAAUAGUUAGAAAAAUUAGUAAAUAAUAUCAAGACAAUUUAAAUUAUUGUUAUUCUGUUUUCAGAAAUAUGUUCAGUAUUUAAUUCGGAAUAUAAAUUUGUAAAAAUUGUGUUGAUAUUUGUAAUAUCGAAAGAUAUACUGAAAUUACUCUGAAAUUAAUAAAUUUAAAAAAAUCAAUUUAAAA